GGGAGGUGGCGGCGUUGCCACAGCAGCGGCGGUCGGAAACCGAGCCCAGCCCGAGCCGGCGGUCGGGGCGCGCCAUGGAGGGGCUGGAAGGUGAGGUUACAGUGCAAACUGGAGAUCUGUUGCCAUGUAAGAUUUGUGGAAGAACUUUCUUUCCAGCAGCACUGAAAAAACAUGGACCCAUUUGCCAAAAAACUUCUGCCAAGAAAAGGAAGACAUUCGAUUCCAGCCGACAGAGAGCAGAAGGAACUGACAUUCCCACAGUAAAACCUCUUAAGCCACGGCCAGAACCACCCAAAAAACCUUCUAACUGGAGACGAAAGCACGAAGAAUUUAUAGCAACUAUACGAGCAGCCAAAGGACUUAAUCUUAAAGACGGUGGAAAACUCCCUCCACCACCUCCACCAUCAUAUGACCCUGAUUACAUUCAGUGUCCAUACUGUCAGAGGAGAUUUAAUGAAAAUGCAGCUGACAGACACAUCAAUUUCUGUAAGGAGCAAGCCGCACGUAUUACUAAUAAGGGGAAAUUGGCAGCUGAUACCAAAGGGAAGCUUCCUACUCGAACACAGUACAAACCUGCUCCAGUUAAGAAGAUGCCUUCUGUAGGAUCAACACCAUCACCAUCAUCACGCUUACCACAGCCAAGUGGUGUCAGCAAAACUGUUGUAGGUGCCUCUUCAGGUAAAGCACUGUCUUCAUCUGGAUCCAGUGGGAGCAAAAUUCAGACAUUAUCACCAGCUCAUAAAAACUCUCUGGGAACAGUGAACCCACAAACAGGAAGUGCAACAAAAACCCGGACAUCAACCCCUCCUAGUGUGGCAAGAGCCAUGAGCACGGGUGCUUUAACAAACAGAAGAAAAACUAGCAAUUCAGAUAUUUGCUUAAGGUCUGAUGGGAAAACUGGGUGUGACAGUGGAGACAGCCCGUCCUCAGUCAAUGGAGGAAGUGCAAAAAGCAGUGAAGGCAUUUCACCUGUACAGUUAUCCAAGUUCUGCCAUGAAUGUGGAACAAAGUAUCCAGUGGAAUGGGCGAAGUUCUGCUGUGAGUGUGGAAUUCGAAGAAUGGUUGUGUGAACACAUUCUUUAAAGCAGAAAGAAAACAAGUAAUUGGAACAUCUGCUAUGUACUGUUGCAUGGAAAGCUUGAGCACUCCAUCCAGUAAGACUUCACGCUGCAAAGAUCGAAACAUCAUUUUGUAAUUUUCUGAGUGCAAUCUUCUGGUUACGCAGUUAUUUAUAAACAAUGAUGUAUACUGUAUAUAAAAAUAGCAGCUACCUAAAAACUGUGCCAUUCAAGGAAAUACUCUUUACUCUGUUGAAAAUACUUAAAAUUACGGUAAAAAUGCAUUAAGUAACCUAGGUAGCAGAAGAGGUUCAGUGUUAUUUUUUUUUUUUUUUGUAAAUUCUACUAGGCAAAGGAUUUUUUAAAUCUCUUAUGUAGGGUAAUGCUUACCUAUAGGGAGCUAGCCAUGAACAGCUUGGGCUUCAAAAGUUUCUCCGUGGAGGCAUUUCCUUCAUCUGUGACAAUAACUUAGAUGCUGUGUUCAGCAUGAGACAACAUGAGCAACUCCUUAAAAAUUCCUAGAAAAAAAUGUAAAAAGUUUGGAUCUUUAAACUCUUUAACAGUAAGAUGCUAAUUGGACUUUCCAGUUGCUUCCUAGAAUUUUUAAAGAAUCUAAGUGGAAAGACUACCUGAGAAUUCUCUUUGCAUCUAAGAAGAAAGGCUAGAUUUUCUUUUUGUGGCUUUCCAUGUUCUGUUUUUCAGUAAAAACAUGUUACUACUUUUAUGUAUUUAUAAGGACAAAUAUGAUAUUAAUUUUAUUAUUAUUCAUUUUAUUAAGAUCCUUUUGUUUCAAAAUACUUGUCUUCCUGUGCUCCACCACAACUACCAUAUCUAAAGCUGUUGUGCUUUGUCUUUGUCCUAUAUCCGAAGGUCCUCAUUUCCUCGAGGAAAUUCAAAGUCCAUGCUUUUCCUACCUAAAUGUUGAACUCUUAUUUUGAAAACAGCCUUCUUGAUGUAUCCAAUACCAAAAAAAAAAAUAGUUCUAUAGAAAUGAAUGCUAUUAGAGCAGUAGAUCUUGAUGUAAGUAGUGAGUCUUUUUUUAUUCUCAUUCCUGUGAAAAUAGCAUAGGGGAAUAACUGUGCUUCAUUGGUAUUUGUGUCAAUACCUGACUUUUUUUUUUUUCUUUUUUUUUUAAAUUUUGAUCUCAUAACAGUCUUUUCAAGUUAGUCAUAGACAUCACAUUAAUCCAUUGGGAAGAAGGGAGAGACUCAAAGUAUUUUACUAAUUACACAGUAAGUUAGUAAAUUACACGUUUGCUAAUAAAACUACUCACAAGCCAAAUCACUUAACUUGUAUCUUAAUGUAGUAAUUUAUUUUGUGAAGUCUUGCUUUGAAGUCCUUGCACCAUCUUUGUUAUGCGUGACAGAACAAUCUGAAAUAACUUAUCUGUGCCUUUCCCACAGUAAAUACAUUUUUUGUCAGAAACUGGUACUUUCAGCUCACAAACUUCAUUAGUUUCAAUUAAUUUAAUCUCUUUACAACUUAUACAAAAUACAAUGUAGUGUUCCCUGAUAGUAUUAUGGUUGUUGCUUGCAUUCUCAAAAACUGUGAUUAUCAAUAGGGCCAGUUUGGAAGAAAGCGUGAUUGAAGAAACGCAUCUUCAAAGCAGAUACCAGUCUAAGAGAAUGAGUGAUUUAAGGGACUUGAUGUACUUAUAUUGCAGGCCACAAGCUGUUGAUGUUUUAAAAUUCAGUUUAAAUAAAGUUCAGUGAAUGUCUUGCACUUCUUUUAAAUUUUUUUUUUUUUAGAAAUUAUUCCUCAUUCAGUGUAGUCUUUUCAUAACUGGAAUAAACUGGCUACUGAGCAUGAUAGGAUGGAUGGCUCUUAAUGACACAGCUGACAAAUCCUAGCCAGUUUAUUUUCGAGGAAUUUAGAUUCUAGGAUCUGUAUUACUAUUCACAUUCAUGUCUGUAUUUGGAAAAACUGGAAUUCUGCAUUCUUUCCAUAGAUAAGCCUGCUUUGGAAAACUUGCCCUGGACUUGGGCCAUGGAGGUCUGCAGACUGAAGUAUUGUGAGCUGAGAGUCCAUCAGCAAAGAUACCAGUCCAGAAUAGGUUUGAUCAGAUAGUGAAUCCUCUUACCUGAUGAAUUUGCAGUUGUUUCUGCUAGAAAAUUCAUUUUUCCA